AUGCGUGAAUAUCUGCGAGCCUCGAAUAGGAGCCAUGUCCAAGGCAUGCUGAGGUCUCGAAGAUCCCUCGCGCUCAUCUGCUUUCUUGCGACCAUCGCAUUUACUACCUUCCUCCUACGACCACCGCAGGCCAUUCCCCAAUCGAGCUCCCUCUUCCACGGUCACCAUGCGCACGAAGAGAACCAACCGCUCUUCCCAGCUUCGUCUCUCCUCCACCCGAUCCACCAGCUUGUAGCGCAGGCCGAUGGGAACUUCCAGACUGUACGAGCACGUCAGUCGCGAUCCCUCAGCGAUGCUGUAGCAGAGUAUCGCAGGCGGUACAAGCUGCCACCUCCACCACACUUUGACAAAUGGUACAACUUCGCCAAAAAGAGGGGGGUCGAAUUAAUAGACGAGUAUGACACGAUCUACCACCAGCUUCUGCCCUUCUGGGCGCUGGAGCCCGCUGUCAUCCGGGAGCGAACAAGAGAGGCGAUUGGGUUCGAUAAUGCGCUCAUCGCUGUCCUGAUCAGGAACGGCAAGGUCACGAAGGUCGAAGGAGGUGGUGACAUGUACGCAUGGCACCGAGAGGCUACGCCCGUAAUGUUGAAGGACUUUAUCAAGUGGCUUCCGGACAUGGACCUGCCGUUCAAUAUCCACGAUGAGCCCCGGGUGGUUAUGCAGCAUGACGAUCUCCUGCGCCACGUCCAGGUCGCCAAAGACGAGAACAUGCCCAAGGCCUACACUGCACAGACACUCUCAAACUCAUGGUCGCCUCGACCCAGCGACCUAGGCGAAGGCGUUCGUAUUAAGGAAUACAAAACGACCCGGUUCAAUCGCUUUGCUCACCAGCCUACCUGGAGUAACUCUCGCAUGUCGUGUUCGCCUGACAGUCCAGCCCGCAUGUGCUUGAACGACUCCUGUCCCGACAAUACAACGGCGUACUCCGACCUCCCGCUGGGCUUCAUCAGCAACACCACCGCGUUCAGCGACAUCUGUAAUUCGCCAUCAAUGGAACGCACCUUUGGCUUUUUCGACCGUCCCAACGCCUUCGACGUGACUCAUGAGCUGUUUCCCAUCUUCUCGCAAUCCAAAAUCUCUAGUUUCCAAGAUAUCCUGUACCCUUCCCCAUGGUACUAUAUGGGCCGUGUCCGCUACGAAAAGGAGCGCGAUAUGCCGUGGGAACAGAAGAACGCCACAAUGUACUGGCGUGGCAGCACGACAGGCGGAUUCUCUCGCGACGGUGGCUGGCGGCGCCAACACCGCCAACGGUUCCUUACCAAGCUCCAACCGUUGAACAAGGCCAAAAUCCUCGAGCUUGACAACUCGACAACCACCGAGUCCGUGUGGCGAGAGAAGGAGAUCAGCGCCUCGGACAUGGCUCAUUAUUUCGACGUCAAGUUCACAUUCAUUGGUCAGUGCGACCCGGGCGACUGUGACGCCCAGCGCGAGUACUUUGGCACCGUCCCGCCGGUCAACAUGUUCGACGCCCUGGCGUCCAAGUACCUGUUGGAUAUUGACGGAAAUGCAUUCUCGGGACGGUACUAUGCGUGGCUGUUGAGCAACAGUCUCGUCUACAAACUUGCAGUUUUCCGGGAGUGGCACGACGAGUGGCUGAGGCCGUGGGUGCAUUAUGUCCCGCUCGGUCUCGUGGGCGACGAGUAUGCCGAGGGCGUGCGCUACUUUGACCAAGAGGUGAGCGGGCGCGUCGAGGGGAAGAGAAUCGCAGACACCGGUCGAGACUGGGCCCGGAAAGUCCUCAGGAAUGAAGAUCUUGAAGUCUGGUAUUUCAGGCUGUUGCUGGAGUAA